CUCUCUUCUUCGCCUCAGUGAAGGAAGAAAUUAUAGCUAAAUAAUUCUUCAGGCUGGACCACUUUAAAUUUAUGAGUCAAAGUCAAUGAAUGUCGUGUUCGUGUAUGAAACAACACCACAUAAUAUAUAUAUAUUUUUCAAUGUUUAUUUAUGUAAAAUAUUAUCCGGCCAAAUCAUAAGGUCAGUCAAACCUUCACUUUGGACUCAAUAAUGCCGUGUUAUAAUGGAUAUUUCAAUGAAAACUUUUUUUCUGAAUAGUGAAGCCUAGCCUCUCUAUACCUUAAACCUGCAGUUGCAAAGCAUUUGUAGUCUGCUUGCAAGAUACAGUUUGCUAUGUUAAAUUUUCAGAAAAUUUGUCUUCUAUUGUCACUGUUGUUUGUUCCUGUUAUGUGCAAGCAUGAUUGCACGGACAAGUGUGGACGCGUUCCCAUUCAAUUUCCAUUUUACAUCAGAAAUAAGAAUUUGAGUCACACCGUCAGCUAUCCCCCUGGGUUCGAGCUGUUUUGUAACGAUAAACAUGAGACUCUGCUGCAGUUGCCUGCUGUUUCUUCUAAACUAUUUGUCAAAAGAAUUGAUUACAAGAAACAGCAAAUCCAUAUCUACGACCCUCAAAACUGUCUUCCCAAUGUGUUAUUAGAACUUGGCAAUUCCUCUAUUUAUCCAUUCCAAUUCCCAUCAUUUUUGGAUCAGCAGAGGCCUGAUUAUUUGAAUGUUUCCUUCUUCGUUUGUAAUUCAAUGUCGUGCCCCAUCAUGUACCGAUCGGACCAUUACUUGAUUAAUCCUGAAAUGAUGUCAUGCACCAAGUUGGCAGAUGCUUUGUCCGUCGAAUGGUAUUAUUCGUAUUGGGAAUGGAAACAUCACCAGAAAAACAUUAUAAUGAAAUGGUCGAAAUCCGAACACAACUGUGGUGACUGUGAAGCACAAGGUCAGAAAUGUAAAUGGAAGAAUGGUACCAAAGCUGAAACCGAAUGUUUCAUUUGCCCAACCAAGACCCUUUCAACAUCAACUAUCAUGUAUAUUGCUGCAGGGGGAAUAUUUGGUUUUAUUCUUUUGCCGCUACUGGUAAUGGCUGUCUUUCACGUGUACGGACACUAUAAGAUGCAAGGAGAAGACCAGGCUCGGAUAGAGAAAUUUUUGGAGGAUUACAGGGCAAUGAAACCCACGAGAUUCACUUACGCUGACAUUAAGAGAAUCACAAAUGGGUUUUGUGAAAGUUUAGGAGAAGGGGCUCAUGGAGCAGUGUUUAAAGGCAUGCUCUCCCGAGAAAUUGUGGUUGCAGUGAAGAUAUUGAAUGACACAAUGGGAGAUGGGAAGGACUUCAUAAACGAAGUGGGAACCAUUGGAAAGAUUCAUCACGUUAAUGUUGUUCGCUUGCUCGGAUUCUGCGCGGAUGGGUUCCACCGUGCUCUUGUCUACGAUUUCUUCCCAAAGGGUUCUCUUGAGAAAUUCUUAGCCCCACCGGACAACAAGGAUGUUUUCCUCGGUUGGGACAUGUUGCAACAAAUUGCUCUUGGUGUUGCCAAGGGACUUGAGUAUCUUCAUCUUGGUUGUGACCACAGAAUACUCCACUUCGACAUCAACCCUCACAAUGUCUUACUAGACGACAACUUGGUCCCAAAAAUUACAGACUUUGGACUCGCCAAGUUGUGUCCCAAAAAUCAAAGCACGGUGUCUAUGACUGCAGCUAGGGGAACCUUAGGCUACAUUGCUCCUGAAGUUUUCUCAAGGAACUUCGGUAAUGUGUCUUACAAGUCUGACAUUUACAGCUUCGGAAUGUUGUUGUUGGAGAUGGUUGGAGGAAGAAAGAAUACCAAUAAAUCAACAGAUGAAAGCUUCCAAGUUUUGUACCCUGAAUGGAUCCAUAAUUUGCUUGAAGGCAGAGACGUUCAAGUUAGUAUUGAGGAUGAGGGAGAUGUUAAAAUUGCAAAGAAACUGGCCAUUGUAGGACUUUGGUGCAUUCAGUGGAAUCCGGUGGAUCGUCCAUCCAUGAAAACUGUGGUACAGAUGAUUAUAGAAGAUGAAUAUGAUAAGUUAAUUGUACCCCCUGCUCCUUUUAACAUCGCCGGUUCUUCUACAACAAAUUCCUUUGUUCCAGCAAGACGUCAAAAUUUUGAGUUGGAAGUUAUUCAUGAAAUAGAAGAAGAGUAGAUAAUGUCGGUCAAUUUUCGCUUGGAUAUAUGUGUUGUUGGUGGUGUUCAUAAAUUAUAAUUGAGAUUUUAUUUAGGUAAUUGAGAUUUUAUUUAGGUAAUACAGGAUGAUGUUGCAUCAUAAAAGAUUGUAGUAAACAACAUAUUUGUUCUUACCGGAAUUUGGUUAUGGCGAUGACCUGUCCAGUAAGAUCGGUGAACCUCCUUUGGUGAUGUGCUGGUGCUCCAAGAUGGGGGAGGUACCUGCAAAAGAG